AUGGCCGUCCACGACCAAAGCAGGAAGGGGCUGCUCGCGUCCGAAGAAAGAGACUUGUUUGAUGGAAGGGACUCGAUUGAUUCGGAGUCUGAUAUUGACAUCAACAAGUAUCCCGAAGUUUCCUACCGAGCCAACCGUACCUUUGACAGACCUCACACACCACUUUACAAACGACCAUGUGUUCGCCUCACCUUUGGUCUUGUAGCAAGUUUUCUCCUCUUUUUCAUCGGCGCCGGCUUGCUGGGACAUAAAGUCCACAAAGAGGACAAGUCAUUGUACGGCCAGUCGCCGCCAUGGUACCCAACGCCCAAGGGCGGAAGUGUUAGCCAGUGGGCAGAGAGUUACAGAAAGGCCGGAGAGAUGGUCUCCAGAAUGACUCUCCCUGAAAAGGUCAACAUUACCACUGGGACAGGCUGGCAGAUGGGUUUGGCCGUCGGUAACAGCGCACCAGCUCUCAAUGUCGGAUUCCCUGGCCUGUGCCUCCAAGACGGCCCGCUGGGUAUUCGGCUUGCAGACAACAUCACAGCCUUCCCUGCCGGUGUGACCGUGGGUGCUACCUUCAACAGAGAGCUCAUGUACCGGCGAGGCAAUGCGCACGGGACAGAGGCUCGUGAGAAGGGCUGCAACAUCUUGCUCGGUCCCUCAGUCGGCCCUCUCGGGCGCAUGCCUGCUGGCGGGCGAAACUGGGAGGGAUUCGGAUCGGAUCCCUACCUCCAAGGUGUUGCUGCCGGAGAGACCGUGCGUGGAAUUCAGGAUGCCAAGGUCAUGGCUACGAUCAAACAUUACAUUGCCAACGAGCAGGAGCACUUCCGCCAGCCCUCAGGAUGGGGAACGCCCGAGUCCAUUUCCAGCAACAUAGAUGACCGGACAUUACAUGAGAUCUAUGCCUGGCCAUUUGGUAACGCCGUCAAAGCCGGUGUCGCCAGCCUCAUGUGCUCUUAUAACCAGGUCAAUAACUCGUACGCCUGUGAGAAUUCCAAGCUUCUGAACGGAAUUCUGAAGGAUGAACUGGGCUUCCAGGGAUUCGUCAUGUCUGAUUGGUUGGCUCAGCGCUCUGGUGUCGCAAGUGCUCUUGCAGGCCUUGACAUGACCAUGCCGGGCGAUGGUUUGAUCUGGGCGGACGGAGACUCGCUUUGGGGCCCCCAUUUAACUCGGGCGGUACUCAAUGGCACUGUCCCUGUUGAACGUCUCAAUGACAUGGCGACCAGGAUUGUGGCUGCUUGGUAUCAGCUUGGACAGGACGACGAGACCGUAUUUGAUAGGAAGGGCCCCAACUUCUCAUCAUGGACGAAUGACGAGAUGGGCUUGAUCUACAAUGGGAGCCCCUCACCCCAGGAGAAGAUAAAGGUAAACCACUUUGUCAAUGUUCAAAGCGACCAUGCAAUUGUUGCUCGCCAGGUUGCUAUCGAGGGAACGGUCUUGUUAAAGAAUGAAGGCGUUUUGCCUCUGACACGUGAUGGAGAGAUUGGCCUCGAGAAGAAGACUAAAUCAGAAGGAAAACUGCGCAUCGGGAUCUACGGCGAUGAUGCUGGGCCUGGAAAAGGCCCCAACUAUUGCAAAGAUCGUGGCUGCAACCAGGGCACCCUUGGAUCCGGCUGGGGAAGUGGUGCUGUCGAAUUCCCUUACCUGGUCGCGCCCGUCAAAGCCCUCCGAGAGGGCUUCAACAAAGAGAAAACCGAGAUUACAGAGUAUCUCAAGAAUGAUGUUACCAAGGGGCAUAAGGAGAUCUUGGAUAAGCAGGACGUCUGCAUCGUGUUCGCCAAUUCGGAUGCUGGCGAAGGCUUCCUCACAUGGGACGGGCUUGAGGGCGACCGCAAUGACUUGAGCUUGCAAAAGGGAGGCGACAAGCUGGUAGAAGAGGUGGCUACCCACUGCGGAGGAGGAGGCGGUUCAACCAUUGUUGUCAUCCACUCCGUCGGCCCCGUCGUUGUGGACAAGUGGAUUGACAUCUCCGGCGUCAAGGCUGUGCUGGCGGCCAACCUGCCUGGACAGGAGAGCGGAAACGCCAUUGCGAGCCUGAUCUUCGGCGACGAGAACCCCAGCGGCAAGCUCCCCUACACGAUCGGCAAGUCUCUCAAGGAUUACGGCCCAGGCGGUCAGAUUAUGUAUCACCCCAAUGGCACAGUCCCGCAGCAGAACUUUGACGAGGGGGCAGCUAUCGACUAUCGUCACUUUGACAGAUAUGGAAUUGAGCCACGAUACGAAUUUGGAUUUGGCCUUUCUUACACGUCAUUUGAGUACAGCGGCAUCAAUGUGAAGCAACACAAGGCCAAAUCAGCUUUACCCGCCAAGCGCCCGGCCCCAGGAGCUACGCCUCCCGAGUAUGACAACAAGAUCCCACCGGUAGAGGAGGCUUUGUUCCCAUCGGAGAUUCGCAAGUUUGAGAAGUUUAUCUACCCGUACAUCAACUCUGCGGACGACAUCAAGUCUGAGCCGUACCCAUACCCCGAAGGCUACGAUGUUGAACAGCCACUGUCCGAAGCUGGAGGCGGCGAGGGCGGUAACCCAGACUUGUGGGAGAUUUACGUAACAGUCAGCGUUGACGUGAAGAACGUUGGCAGCGUUGGUGGCAAAGUCGUGCCGCAGCUAUACCUGUCUUACCCCGUUGACAAAGAUUCGACCCUGCCUUGGCCCGUUCGCGUGCUGAGAGGGUUUGAGAAAGUACAUCUCGAUGUCGGGGAGUCGAAGAAGGUCGAAUUCCCACUGACUAGGCGGGACCUGAGCUACUGGGACGUGGAGAGACAGAACUGGGUGUUGGUGGAGGUUGGCGAAUACCGGUUUGCAGUUGGAGAAAGCUCUCGUGAUGCAAGGGUUACUGCAACAUGGUGA